CCAGCUGGUUUCAUCCAAUCGUUUCCCGUGUUGAAACUUUCAGACAUUGGAAGGACGGUGUAGCGAUUUUGGCAAGCCUUAGCUUUCUUUUUUUUGUUUGUUUGUUUUUAAAAUGUACUGGUCAAGACUGUGAAUAUGGACCCCUUCGUUGGAUUGACUCGGUUUGCCGAUGUGGAUAGCAUUCAACAACUACCCCCUAAAUAGUAAAUCAAUGAAAAACUAUGUGAUUCUUCAUACAUGGCUUGUGAUUAAUUGACCCAAAAGUUUCUUCAACAACUUCCAAUUAAGAAAGUUGUCACUCUCCACCACUCAAUAUAUAAUACUCUCUAGGGGAAGAGAAACGAUAAACCAACACACAUUCUUGCAGUAGAAAGAGAGAGAGGGACAGAGAUCUAGGGACGACUGUUAGCAGAGAACACAGCAAAUAUACAGAGAGAAAAAUGGUUAGGAAAAUCAGCAUGGCAGCACUUUUUGUAGUUUUGGCUGCAACCUUGUUGCAGAGCACUUUAGCUACAAAUUACACAGUAGGAGACUCCACUGGUUGGCAAAGGCCUACCAAUAAUGCCGAUUUCUAUGGUAACUGGACUAAAAAUAAAAACUUCGUGGUUGGGGAUAUUCUUGUUUUCGACUUUCCUACCGGACAGCACGAUGUUGCCGUGGUGACAGAAGCUUCUUACAACUCCUGCACCGCUACUAACGCCAUCUUCAAUUAUACCAACGGACCGGCAAUAAUUACCCUUAACACGACUGGUUACCACUACUACAUUUGCGGCUUCUCCGGUCACUGUGCCGCUGGCCAAAAGCUUAGGGUCGAUGUCCAAAAUGGCACCAAUACUCCUUCUACACCUGGAUCAAGCCCCAACACCCCCAGCGGCGGUUCAACCCCUCCUAACUCAGCUUCAUCCCUUAUUGCCACCCUUCCCCUUAUCUUCAUGUCCAUUUUCUUGGUUUUGUUCUGCUAUUAAUUAUGUUAACACUUUGCCUGUUUUUGUGAGAUAUUAUGUGAUCAGUUUAUACCUAGACAGGCAGAGAGACUUCAUUCGUUUUAUAGUGUAUACCUAGUGUGUUCAAAUCGGUCGGUAUAGCCUCUUUUUACUUGCGGAAUUUCACUGUCAGUAUUUAUUAGCAUCAUUAUAUGGAAGUUUUUUCAUAAUAUAUUAUGAUAUUGAUCAUGGAGUGAUCUUUUGUGUUUAAAUAAAAACUUGAUUCAUUUUCUGGAUACAUAGAUGUAAUUGAUCUGAGCCUUGCUGUGAAUUAUAAAGCUACUGUCACACUUGGAUAUCACUUUGUUUUUACUUUAUUUUUGCAAAUAAACACUACGGUUUUUUUCUUUGUUUCAACAAAGAUUAAAAAAAAGGCAAUGACAGGAUGGUGCUUCUUUGUCCUCCUUCCUUCUUCCCUUUCUGGAGUGACCAGUGAUCAGUGACAUACCCGGCUGCCGGUUAUGUAUGUUCGGUGAAGUAACUUGUUCCUUGUUAAAUUAUUCUACUAUAAAACCGAGGUUACAUGUGGAAAAACAUGUAAUUUAACCUAAUUCAAAAGUUCUAGAGAGAUUACGAAGUCCACUUUCGGCA